UUAUUAGCCUUCUCCACCGUAGAGGCCUCUCUUCUGAGUUCCCGCAUUGUCAAGAGUGAAGGAAAAGGGCCCUUUGGCAUUCUCCUUCUCCUUCUCCUUCUCCUUCUUCUGAAAACAUAAUAUAAUACAUCAAGGCGAACAUGGCGUCUGCCAUAAGUACUGCUGUCUCUUUCCCUUCCUCCAACUCCACUUCUCUCUCCGCCAAGGCCUCCUUUCUCUCCCCCGAUAGAAUUUUCCUCAGGAAGGGUACUCUUUGUUACAGAGACGCUUGUGUUGGGGGCAGAGUGGUGUCAGUGAGGGCGCAGGUGACAACAGAGGUGACAGAAGCGCCUGUGAAGGUUGAGAAGGAAUCGAAGAAGCAGGAAGAAGGGAUUGUCGUGAACAAGUUCAAGCCCAAGAACCCUUACACUGGUCGAUGCCUCUUGAACGUCAGACUCACCGGCGACGAUGCUCCCGGUGAAACUUGGCACAUUGUCUUCAGCACCGAAGGUGAGGUUCCGUACAGAGAAGGGCAAUCGAUUGGUGUAAUUCCAGAUGGGAUAGACAAGAACGGGAAGCCUCACAAGCUGAGGUUAUACUCAAUUGCCAGCAGCGCCAUUGGUGAUUUUGGAGACUCCAAGACUGUUUCUCUCUGCGUUAAAAGACUUGUUUACACCAACGAGAAUGGGGAGCUGGUCAAGGGGGUCUGUUCAAAUUUCUUGUGUGACCUGAAACCGGGAGCUGAAGCCAAGAUCACAGGACCUGUUGGGAAGGAAAUGCUUAUGCCAAAAGAUCCAAAUGCCACCGUCAUCAUGCUUGCAACAGGAACUGGAAUCGCUCCAUUCAGAUCGUUCUUGUGGAAAAAGUUCUUUGAGGAGCACGAGGACUACAAGUUCAAUGGUCUGGCAUGGUUGUUCUUGGGGGUCCCGACAAGUAGCUCACUGCUCUACAAAGAGGAGUUUGAGAGGAUGAAGGAGAAAAACCCAGAAAACUUCAGGCUGGACUUUGCAGUAAGCAGAGAGCAAACGAACGAAAAGGGAGAGAAAAUGUACAUACAGACGCGUAUGGCUCAGUACGCAGAUGAGCUCUGGGAGUUACUGAAGAAGGACAACACCUUUGUCUACAUGUGUGGGCUCAAGGGAAUGGAGAAGGGUAUUGAUGACAUAAUGGUCUCGCUUGCUGCCCGAGACGGGAUCGAUUGGUUGGAUUACAAGAAGCAGUUGAAGAAGAACGAGCAGUGGAACGUUGAAGUCUACUGAGGUAGCUUUGGACACACGUACUGUCUUGACGAAUUCUCGACGUCUUUGUGUAGAUAAAGCCGAUGUUUUGAGGGGUUUCCCUCUUUCUGCUUCUCGCUUCAUCGCUUGUUCUUGAAGGAUUCAUAUAUAUGCCACUUGUGUAGCUUCUUAAGUUCGAGAGUUCAUUCAUAGUCUCAACGAUCACUCGAGAGCUUAAUAAACUUGUGCCGUUUUCCCAUUCGCA